AUGUCAAAGUCAAAAGGUAAAAAUUGCGAAGAUGGGGAAAUUCUCCACGGCUAUUCUGCUGAGCGUGAAAUCCCACAGUGGUUUUGCAGUCAUACUAGUAUUGGGAAUUCAGUGCAAUUAUGGCAACCUCAAGAGUUGUGUAAUGAUCCUGAUUUGAUGGGAUUGGCACUAUGUGGUCUUUUUCACUUUACCAGGCAUCCAACUGCUGUUCGUAGGAAUUCUGAUUCGAGAAUUUUUAAGUUUUUCCCAUUCAAAUGUUUUUUGCGGACGAGCUCUUGCCCCAUGCGUUUAGUGUGCAAUGGACUUCUAGGUGAAGACAAUGAACUCAUUUCGUUAAAUCAACAUACAUUCAUUUGGAUAUUGUUCGUCCCAUAUACGGCGCAUUCACAUCUGUGGAGUCAAAGCACUUGGUUUAAUUUCUCGUUUACAAGCUCUAGUGCAGAUUUAUAUGCGAAAAAUUGUGCGAUCAAUUUAGUAUACCGGCAAAAUAUGGAAGAGUUAACACGUAUAAUGGCACGAUACUCUAGCACUGCCCCAUUUGAUAGGUUCCUUGACAACACUCGCGAUCCCGAAAAAGUAUACUAUAUAUGGGACAACUUUCCAGAGAUAUUCGUUGAAGCUACGAGCUCUAGUGAGUACCUACACCCUCAAAGGUUAUUCAUUUCUCAAGGGGAGACUAGUGGAACUGCGCAGUAUUCUUAUGAGGAUGACCCGUACCCUGAUAACCAGUUCCGGUACUUUCAUCCGUCCACUCCGUAUGAUUUUUGCUUCCCCACAAGAGGAACUCUAAAGUGGUUUAAUCAUCAAAGUCGCGGGCACUCAAUCUCAAUUGACAUAACCUCAAAUUUGUACGAUGACAGUAAUUGGCUGGGGUUAGCACUAUAUGCUUCUUUUUCUAUUGAUAGGGAUGGCACCAAUUUUAAAAAUAUGGUUUCAAUUUCUUCGCCUCACUUCCUAUAUUGUCAAUUCGAGUUGAGUAGUGCUAGUCUGGAUCAAAUCCAUUAUUGCCGCAUUGACAAUGAAGAAAAACUAUUGUUAUAUAUUCAAUAUGGAUUCAGUUGGAUAUCCUACAUACCAGGUGAGGCAUUUAAGGAUAUGUUGAAUCAGUGCGACCAUAUGAAGGCUUCAUUUGUAAGUGAUUUGCCGGGUGUGAUAGUGCAAAAAUGUGGGCUUCGUCUUUUGUACCAGCAUGAUGAGUUACAAUUUGAGCGAGAACUACAACAUUGCAACACCUUGAUGUCUCGAUAUCAGGAUUUCAAACGAUGGCUUUUGAAUAAAAAAACUGUGCCUCGUGAUGUUGACACGAUUUCAGAAAGAACUGAAAUUUCUGGAGUGAAUGGUAUAACUAUUACAAUUCCUGAAAUUGAGCAGCUGGAUGAACACUCCCUCUAA